AUGCAACGCAAAGGAGGCAAGCCACCACAUUCUCUUAGUGAAUAUUUUUAUAUUAUUCCUAACGAAUGGGCAAAUAAAAGUAACCAAAAAUGUAUUUGUCGAGCUUGUAUGGAUGCGGUAGGAAGAGAAUUUGCUCUAAAAGAUGAUAAUUUGAAAAUUACAAAUACCAAACAUUAUUGUGCCAACCAUCUUAGAGACUGCCCUUAUUUUGCCACCAAGUAUUCACCUGAACAAAUACAACUCAUUCUCAAUUCUGCUACACUUUCACCACCAAACAAACAGGUAAUGAUAUCUUAUACAGAUGAAGAAGAUGAAGAUGAAAAUGAUUCAACUUCUGGAAUAACAUCUUCUAAUUCGUUAGCUUCUAGUAAUACUUUAAAAAAACAAACCACAUUAUCCAAAUAUGUUG